AUGUAUGUUAACAGUAUUUGCAAAGAAUUAUUAUUUUAUUUUAUAAUUUGUGAUUGGUGUAAAUAUAUUUGUUUAGACUUUUAUGUUAUUUGUUCCUUAAAAUUUCAUGGUUCAGUAAGAGUUAUACAAGUUGGUGAAAUAGAUUCUGAACCACAUGAUCUUACAGAUUCAAUUCUACUACUAGAGGAUUCGAUUUUAAUAUUCACCACUUGGUGCUACCCAUUCCACACUACUAUGUUGUCUAGAGAUUUUGCACCACUACCUUUUUGUUUAAAUUAA